AUGUCUUCCACUAGCUCAACCUACCACAUUCCGUUCCCAAAGAACUUUCUCACUGUCAACACUCCCGUCAAGAAGCAGUCCGGUUCCGGUGUUCAAUCUCCCACCGAGCCCGUCAUGCCUGCUCACGGGUUUCUAUCCAACCGACCAACGCGCCACCAGUCUGUUUCCUCAGUCUCAAGCAUCACCAGUGUCGCAGCCCCACCCUCAGAGGCUAGCACUAUCAGCGCGCCAUCUUCUCCCACCACCAAGGCUGCCGAUUCACCUAUCCUUGGUCCGAAGAUUUUCGCUCCUCUGGCGGUUAAUGCAAAGCACGCGCUUCCACCGAGCACUUCUUCGGAGAUGAGCAACGUAGAGAGACAGAGGCGCAUGAGCUUCGAGAAGCACACUUUCUUGUCCAACAAAUUCUGA